UCCCGGAGCCAAAUACGUUUCUUUUCUUGACAGUCGGCAAGUUAACGGCACUUAAAUAUCGAAACAAACAUCAUAUUCUUAACGGUCUUCAAACAGGAACCUUGUUUUUCGUGAUGUGCAAUACACGAGCCCCGUGUAAACGGUAACCUUCGAUGCUGUGAAGUCAUUUUAACGGAUGAUAAAGACGCUGACAGUUCAGGAUCCUCUUAUCGUUUCACCGGCAUCUACAACAUUUCGGUUAGUUCUACGUUACGUCGAAAACGGUAUGUAGCUGAUCUUACUUAUCAAGUGAAAUUAAAGAGAAAGAACCGUUUUCGUGCCAGGUAAAGCCCGAGGAUGUGUUCGUGGUAAAAAGCCUGGUUUGUAAGCUAACCGGCUUCUGGUAGCUUUUCCUUUCAGUGCCGGCUGAAAUGGAGGGACAUGUGACGUGGUAGUCACGGCUCGAGAUAUAACGGUGGAGUCAAGUGCUCUUUGACUAAGUUCUCAACCGGUUGACAGUGUAGCUGUAGUGUGUCCAGCUGUUGAGGCGAAAAUUACCGGACACGUAUGAUGCACCAGCAGGGCUCGUUGAUGCCCCCCUUGCUCAGUGAUGUGUUCUGCCAAUGUCGAUCGGGUGAGAGCCACCGGGGAGUCGACCCGGGUGGCGGAGGCGGAGGCGGGCACACCGUGGACCCGUCAUCAGCUGCCCCAUUUAAACCAGUACCUCUACAUCCCGUUGCUGCCGACUGGCACUCGGACCCCGGUCAUUCAGCGAAUCCAUGUGAUAUAUGUGGAGGGUCUGAGCAGGAGCACAGACUCAAAGUGUUGUUCCAGGUCCUGGAUGUGAACGGGGAUGGAGGCAUUUGUAUCAACGACCUGACAAUUGGCCUGAAGAAAUUAGGGGUACAUCGCACUGAACAUGAGCUCAUGAAAAUAGUGAAAGCAGGAGACAAAGACCUGGACGGACAGUUAGACUUUGAGGAAUUUGUUCAUUAUCUCAGAGACCAUGAGAAGAAGCUCCGGCUGGUCUUCAAGAGUCUGGACAAGAAGAAUGAUGGCCGGAUCGACUCACAAGAAAUCAUGCAGUCUCUGCGUGACCUGGGAGUGAACAUCUCUGAGGAACAGGCUGAGCAGAUUCUUAAAAGUAUGGAUAAAAAUGGCACAAUGACGAUUGACUGGAACGAGUGGCGAGAUUAUCACCUCCUCCAUCCAGCAGACAACAUUCCCGAGAUCAUCCUCUACUGGAAACACUCCACGAUCUUGGAUGUUGGGGAGAGUUUGUUGGUGCCUGAUGAGUUCACAGCAGAAGAAAAGAAAACAGGAAUGUGGUGGCGACACCUAGUGGCUGGAGGAGGAGCUGGUGCUGUGUCUCGAACCUGCACAGCACCUCUGGACAGGCUUAAAGUACUCAUGCAGGUUCACGCUUCCAAGAGCAACAGCAUGCGUAUCACUGGAGGCUUUGUCCAGAUGAUCCGAGAAGGCGGUGUGAGGUCACUGUGGCGAGGCAACGGCAUCAAUGUCAUCAAAAUUGCCCCCGAGUCUGCUAUUAAAUUCAUGGCCUAUGAACAGAUAAAACGAUUAAUUGGAAGUAACCAGGAGACAUUGGGCAUCACAGAAAGACUGGUGGCAGGCUCUCUGGCUGGAGCCAUUGCUCAGAGCAGCAUCUACCCCAUGGAGGUGUUGAAGACACGGUUAGCCCUGAGGAAGACAGGCCAGUACUCGGGCAUCUUGGAUUGUGCCAAACAGAUCUUUCAAAAGGAGGGCGUGGCUGCUUUCUACAAGGGCUAUGUCCCCAACAUGCUAGGCAUCAUCCCCUACGCUGGCAUCGACCUUGCUGUCUAUGAGACUCUGAAGAAUUCCUGGCUGCAACGCUUUGCCACAGACAGUGCUGAUCCAGGAGUGUUUGUGCUCCUGGCUUGUGGCACCACUUCAAGCACGUGUGGCCAGCUGGCCAGCUACCCAUUGGCCCUGGUCAGGACUCGAAUGCAGGCACAAGCUACCCUGGAAGGAGGCCCUCAGAUGAACAUGACGGCCCUGUUCAGACACAUCAUCAGGACCGAGGGGCCCAAGGGACUCUACCGGGGCCUGGCACCCAACUUCAUGAAGGUCAUCCCAUCUGUCAGCAUCAGCUAUGUGGUCUACGAGUAUCUCAAGAUCACCCUGGGGGUCCAGUCAAAGUGAGGAGGGAGGGAGGAUAUCAAGAGUGGCCAAAGGUUUAUUUUGUUUCCUUUGCUUUUCUUUUAGCUGAAGAUUUACUGCAUUUGGCCAGAAGAAAAGAGCAGCUGACAUUCAACAUAUUGAAAUCAAAUGAUGAAAUUCCAGGGUUUAAAUGUGAAUUAAUGUGGAUUAAGGGGAGGGAGAGCUUGAAAGCAGAGAGACUGAUGCAGACAGGCUUGACUGAAGCACCUGAAGUUGCUCUUAUUUAAAUGUGUCUUCAUGGAAUCCAGGAGUGUUUAUCACCUGUUCAUCCUGGAUGACGAAGGCAAAAGUUUACAUUGAAUUAAUUGAGGUAGCUUACUGGGGUACCAGUAUACUGACAAUGAAUGACUCUUUGUCUUGAAGGGCUUUGCUAAGACUGAUCAUAAACUCUUUGAACCUAAUUCUUGGUCUCCAUUUAAUAUCAUGUUAGCUUUCCAGCUUUGUCUUCUCUCUCACAGCCUAAACAAAGUCAAAAGGUCACUGCUUAAUUAAAAAUAGGCAGUAGCCAUAUAGGUUAACUGGGCUUAACUAAUUCAUAUACACAAAUUACGAAAGCAAGACCAAGAAUUUGUUCAGGGUUUGUUUUUUUUUUUCUCCAUGACACCUCCCACACUCUGUUAAUGUGGCAUUCACAGGAUAAUGAAAGAAUGAAUUUCCUUUUGUUUCCCAAGGUUCACUGCUUCUUCAGCUGCUUUAAAGACAUUUACUUCCAUUCAGUCAGGUGCUUUAUGGAGCAAAAAAAAGUAGUAAACAACUAAGAUAUCUCCUGAUGAUGUAAUUAAACUUAACUUUGUGUUUAAAGCAUGUAGGUAUAACUCUAGCUGGAGCAGCUUUGUGACCCGCUCACUGGCGACAUGACUCGCGCACCAAACCUACAUGUCAGUUCACGAUCAGCCCCCUCCAACCCUUGGCCGUGAAGGAGAAGCCCCGACAAAAAUGCUAAGUUAGCAAUUAGCAAUUGUGAAGUGUUAGGUUAAAAGAGUGCCGGUUAGGGUAAGGGUAAUGGGAGGGGUUACAUCUCAUUUCUUAUAACAUGAAUCACACCUUCAUGUACCAUGAAAUAUAAAGUGAAUUAUUGUUACAUACUUGUUCACUUCAGUAUCACGUUGUAAAAGGGUUCAGAUAGCUGUUGUGUUGGUGGGUGUGUCUUGUACCAGUGGUGGACGGGGUUUGUAUGGUCAAAUGGAAAUGGAAUGUGUCUGCAGCUAUACAUGUCUCGUUUAAAGGGAUCGUUCAGAUUUUUUUGAAGUAUGAGGAAUUUAUCCAUCAUCAGCGCAUUACCCCCAGUAAAUGGCGGCAGGUACGCCCCCAGUUUGGAGAAGCAGGCUGGAGUACCGACACUGAAGCUUAAGAAUGUUCUGCUCCAGAGGGGGGCAGCAGCAAAACGUAUUUUAGCCACCUAAAAACAAAUCAAUAUCAGGUUAAGUUGGUGCUACAUUAAAAAUAUUUUCACUGCUCUACCUUGCUGUCAGACUGCGCUUUCCUUUGCCACUACAGUUUCUCAACCCUAGAGCUUCCGUAUUCAUACGCACUGUAGUACAGCCACAUAUUGGCGGUUCCGUCAGACUUUUAGCGGAUUGUGGAUGAGACAGCAAAUACAAGAAAAUAUACCCUGACAGACUGUGAUAGCAACGAGAAACUACUGUUACUGCAGAGAAAGGAGGAUACCUUUAUGAACCACAGUAUACAGAAGAACUUUUGUAGAGGGACUGAAUGGGCUUAAAGAGAAACAUGCACAGGAAUACCAAAGUUCUACGGUUGAGAAGUGUAGUGCUUAACUAAGGAGCUGUUUGACAGCAAGGUAAAGCGCUGAGUAUAUUCUCAAUAUUGCAUCUACUUAAACUCAUAUUGAUUUUUUGCAGCAGGCCUUUUCUAAGUGUAAAAAAUACGCUUUACUGUUGCCCCAGUCCACAGCAGAACAUAAUUUAGCUUCUGUGGUGUUCCUCCAGCCUGCUUCUCCAAACAGGGAGCGUGCCAUCUGACAUGGACUGUAGGUAAUACAAUGAAGAUGGAUAAGUACCCCAUACAACCCUACUUCAAAAAAUUUCAACUAUUCCUUUAACAGUGUUACACUGAGGCAGUAUUGCUAAGGGACUGAUUGUGGGUUCUCACAUAGGAAAUAUCUGAUCCCAAAACUUGUGUCGUAUUACCAACUGCUUAAGUUGACACAGUACACUCCAUCAGCGUCCAUGACAGGUUUCAGUGCUUUCUUAUCUUUUCAGUAAUAACAGUUAGACAUUUGUAUGGUAGUAUUCCUCCUAAAAAUGUGUACAGAGGCCUCUGUGCGACAAACCUCCUUAAUUCCUGUAGUCUAUCAGUUAUAAUAUGUUCAUGUUUAUACCAUUUUCCCUUUCCAUAGAUUAAACAUGAGCCACCAGGAUAUAUGUCAUUGCAUUAUCAGCUGGAAGGAAUAUUUCACAGGAUUGUUGGCUAAAGACAUUUACCAUUCUUGUAUGAUGUCAAUAAAUAGUCCUUUAAGUUACGUGGCAGGAUAUCGGAGCAGAGGCAGCACUCUCAGCCUGACUGAUUCCUGUGUCACAUGAGACACAGAUUCCCAUGAGUGCCUUGUGUGCCUCCCUUACAUAAAUGCACUUAAACACUAGAGGAGGUGGAGUCUGUGGAGCGUUGAAUGCACUUUAAGGUACUCUGCUUUAAUUCCUGUUUGUCUUUUUUUCUUUUUUUUUAUUGAUGUAUUUAUGUAUUUAUUUUUACAAAAGAGGAUUCAUGACUGAAUUUGUUAUCUAUUACUUGUGUUGAUUAUAUAACAUUAGGUAUCUUCUUAAAAUAAAAGAGGUGAUAAUCUGGUUUGUUUUUGAGAGCUAGAGGCAACUCUGAUAUGGUUGAAAAUUCAAAGCCUCACAUAUAUGGAAGCCCAAAGUGUUCAGUUCUGACUUAAACAGAAAAAAAAAAUAAAAAUCAUAUGAAUAAAUUGUGUAAACUAUUUAAUCGAACCAACAUUUUGUGAAAUAAUUGAAGAAAUUAUUAAAACACAACUCAUUAAUAUG